CAGUUUACACUCAAGACUUGCCUGUACUUCCAGAUUUGAAAAUGGCGGCCUCGGUGUUUCCCGGCGUCAGGCUCCUGUCCAUCGGAGACGCAAAUGGAGACAUACAGCGACACUCGGAACAGCAGCCUCUGCGGUUGGAAGUCAAAACUACACAAGAUGCUGCUUUAAUCAACCUAUCAAAUGAAGAGGCAAGUGUUUUCAAGUGUUCGGUUUCUCGGGAGACGGAGUGCAGCAGAGUGGGCAAGCAGUCGUUCAUCAUCACGCUGGGCUGCAACAGCGUCCUGAUUCAAUUCUCCUCACCUGGAGACUUUCAGUCCUUUUAUAACCUCUUGAAGAACUGUCGUGGGCAUCUUAGUGAGCACUCGGUCUUCAGCGACAGAACAGAGGAAUCAUCUGCUGUGCAGUACUUCCAGUUUUAUGGCUACCUCUCACAACAACAAAACAUGAUGCAGGACUACGUGCGUACAGGGACCUACCAACGGGCUAUUUUGCAGAACCACACUGACUUCAAGGACAAGAUUGUGCUAGAUGUUGGCUGUGGUUCUGGGAUACUAUCUUUUUUUGCCGUCCAGGCUGGAGCCAGAAAGGUUUAUGCCGUGGAGGCAAGCACAAUGGCUCAGCACGCUGAGGUGCUGGUUAACAGUAAUCGUCUUGGAGAGCAUGUAAUUGUUAUCCCAGGAAAGGUGGAGGAGGUGACACUCCCUGAACAGGUUGACAUCAUCAUAUCGGAGCCCAUGGGCUACAUGCUGUUCAAUGAGCGCAUGCUGGAGAGCUACUUGCAUGCCAAGAAGUUCCUAAAACCGAAUGGUAAAAUGUUUCCCACUCUUGGGGAUGUUCACCUUGCCCCCUUCACAGACGAACAGCUGUACAUGGAGCAAUUCACAAAAGCCAACUUCUGGUACCAGCCUUCCUUCCACGGUGUAGACCUCUCUGCCUUGCGGGGAGCAGCAGUCGAUGAGUAUUUCCGCCAGCCAAUUGUGGACACAUUUGAUAUCCGUAUCUUGAUGGCAAAGUCAGUGAAAUACACAGUCAACUUCCUAGAGGCCAAAGAGGAGGAUCUUUACAGGAUAGAGAUCCCAUUUAAGUUCCACAUGUUGCACUCAGGUCUUGUGCAUGGUCUGGCUUUCUGGUUUGAUGUGGCAUUUAUGGGAUCAGCUAUGACAGUAUGGCUGUCUACUGCACCUACAGAGCCUCUUACCCACUGGUACCAGGUACGCUGUUUGCUGCAGUCUCCUCUUUUCACCAAGGCUGGGGAUACACUGUCCGGCACCGCAAUACUAGUGGCCAACAAACGACAAAGUUACGACAUCAGUAUUGUUGCCCAGGUGGACCAGACUGGUUCAAAGUCCAGUAACCUCUUGGAUUUAAAGAACCCCUUUUUCAGGUACACAGGUACAAACCCCAACCCGCCUCCUGGGUCACAUUACAACUCCCCAUCAGAGAAUAUCUGGAACACAGGUGUAGGCUACGGCAUGAAUCAAGGGAUGCCUUCAGGAAUGCCAGCAGCUUAUGACCUGAGCACAGUCAUCGGCAGUGGCCCGUCAGUCUCUCACAACAACCUUAUCCCUCUAGUCAACACAGGUAUUGUGAACCACACCCACUCCAGGAUGGGCUCCAUCAUGAGCACAGGAAUUGUCCAGGGAGCCACAGCAGGCCAGUCAGGUCCCAGUAGCAGUGGUAAUUACUAUCCGGUCACCAACCAGUUCACCAUGGGGGGUGCUGCAAUCUCUAUGGCAUCUCCAAUGGUCAUACCUAGCAACACCAUGCAUUAUGGCAGUUAGGAUGAAGACUUUGCAAAGACCCCUUUAACUUGCCCACCUCUGCAUGACAAACAAUUGCCUGUAAAAAAAACAAACAAAAAACUUAGCCCUCACCUGUCCUAAGCCGUAAUUGAUCCAUGGACCAUAGCCAAUACCAAAACUAGUGCUCUCUUGGCACUCCUCUCCUUGUUUAAACAUUUUAAUUAUAUUUUGUCUAUCAAUUAUUGUACAUUCAAGCACUCAUAUCCGUCCAGACUCAUUGUAACAAUGGCUAAAACGUCCUUGUUUUUACGAAUCCUAAGGGCCGUUGCACACUGAUGCACUGUUUAGGUGCAGCAUUUGUAUUCUCUCCACCUCAUGCCAUCCAGCGCAACAAUUUCUCCUUAUUGUCACAACUUGCUUCUUGUUUCUCUCGUGAUCAUGGUUAUCAGAAGUGAAUUCAACACCAGCUGCUGGAGGCGGUUCUUAACGACAGUUCUUUAUUGCAUCAUGAGCUACACUCGGCCUUUAAUAGUAUCACAUCAUCUAAGCCAUGACAGACUGGCCCCACCGCCUCUGUAUUUGCGUAUACAUGGCAAGGUAUUCCGCAGUAUACACAAUUCUUCUUUAAUAAUUCAAUGAAUUAUUUACUGCUCCUCACCCAAUGUUCGGUUACCCUUGUGUUUAAAUUUGCAAUCCUUGAUAAAGUCAUGAUGUACCCCACAAUACCUUAGACGUUGCUUAACGUCUACGCUGAGCCAUGACAUAAAUAUGCACCUACUAUUGUCGUUUUUUUGCUGUAGAUUGUGUUCCAGCUCUUCAUUCUUAGCUUUAGCAUGCACUCCCGUUGACUGAAUGCAGGCUCCAUGCAAGGAUGUUGAUUUAAGGGAUUAAAAUCCCUGUUUGCAAUAUCCUGUCCUGCUUCAAAGGGUUAUAAUUUGUAAUUAUUGUACUUUUUACAGAAGUUUGUAAUUUCGAUCCAUUGUCGGUGAAAAAGUAUUGAGACACUCGGGAUUUCUCAAAUCACCCCAACGCGUGGUUUGUCUUUAUAGGGCUUCAUUCAUCACAGAUGGAUGUGGUGUCAGUGUGGUCUCCAAAAAUCCUGUUGCUACGUUGGUUUGCCUACGAGCAAAAAAAUAAAGUGAAGCUUUACUCAGCACAGUGACAGUGGAGGAAAUAAUUAUUCAAUACCCGGCUUUAGAACCCUAAUAAAGACAUGAACAGUUGAUAAUUUUUGGUAGCAUAAUUUGAACAGAUAUUCAUAAAGUCCAGAAAAAAUGAAGGUUAUUUAUUCCUUUGUAUUUGAUUCAGUGAAAUAAGUUUUUUUUUUUAACACAGUUAAACUUGGUAGAGAAACUUUUUUUGGUAAGUUCAGACGUCCGAUGUUUUAUGUAGUUGGUCAUCGUUGUGCACAUCUUCUUUCUCCUGUUCUUACAGAUGCUCUCCAAAACCACAAUGUUUCAAGGCUGUCACUUGGCAAUUUUACCCCUGAUUUUCACAGGAUGCGAAACGUAACAGCCACGGAACGGCACCGCCAUCUGCCGGCCGCCAAUCCCCUUCGCCAUUCUGUUGCGGUGCAGCAAAAUAGCGUGGACUUUUACGAGAUCUGGCAAAUACGCGUGAUAAGUAAACACCGCGGAUCGUCUCAAGCCUUGCCGUCCAUCAUUACGCACAGGCGGCGCGUCUGUGACGGCAUUGUGUUGACUUGACUCACGAAAAAGAGAACAAUUUUGCCUUGCAGGACGAAACUUUGUUUUUGGCAGCAACACAACAAGAACUUCAUCUCUGGCGCGUUGUACACACACAUUUUAUUUAACUCGUACAGACCACUCUCAAGCUAUCCCCCCGUAUCAGCUGGUAUUUCACAAGGGCAUGCCUGUAUAUUAAAGUUAGGACCUCCAGAAUCGGCAUGUCUUCAUCCAUUUGCGUCAACGAGGUGAAAUUACAUCUGAAAAGCUUUUGACAAGUCCGCACCCAUUGGGACGUUUCAAAGUAUAAAAUAUGGACUAUUUUAUUUUUAAAGUGUACCCUAUAAUUUAUUUUGUAUUCAGGCAUUACUUCCUCUACAAAACUAGCAGAAUUUUGUUCAAUUGACUGGCAAAUAUAGAAGCUUUUGCGUAUAUUUAAUGCACGGAUGCGAAACGUCACCACCAUUACGGUGCCGAACUGCAGGCAGUGGAAAUGGACACACUGACUUGAAUAAAAACGUAAAUAGUCGGCCGUCGUGGCGUUGACGUUCCACAGCCGUUUCGCAUCUUGUGGAAAUCAGGGGUUAGAAUUUCAGCUCUCUGCAGGUUUUCUAUGGAAAUACGGUAAGGGGGGGUACUCCACUGCAGCAUCUUAAUGUGCUUCGUCUUGGGCCACUCCUUUAUUGCCUUGGUCUUACUUUUUUUGGUUAUUGCUGUGCUGCUUCCACAACCUUGGACGUUUAGAGCACAAUAUUUCCACCUGCAUGUUACACACUAGGGAUGUUCUUUCCCCGCAUUACUCUCCUUCCAAAUGUCGGGUUGAUGCCAAAGAGCUCAAUUUUGGUCUCAUCUGAUUGCAUUCUCCCAGGCCUUCUGUAAAUUAUUCAGAUGUUCAUUGGCAAACAGACCGGCCUGUGCCUGUUCCUUCUUGAGCAAGCGACCUUGUGGGCACAGCAGGAUCCCAGUCCAUUACAGUGAAUUGUUUGACCAUUUUUUCUUUGGCAAAUAUUGUCCCAACUCUCUUGACAUCAAGUGUAUAUUUUUAUUUUUAUUUUUAAUAAUUGCACAAUGGUACCUCGGCUUUUGUUAGUAAUACGGUAUGUUCAAAAAGACCAAAUUGUACGGAAAUCUAAGCAAUUUUUCCCAAUUCCCAAAUCCAAUUUAGGGAUUCAAAGUAUUUAUAAUGCUUCACUUUUUCCACAUUUCGUUUCAUUACAGCCUUAUUCCAAAGUCAAAUAGUUCAUUUUUGUCCUUAAAAUAUACACACAAUACCCCGUAUUGACAAUGUGAAACGUUUUUUUUUUAAUUUUGCAAAUUUAUAAAAAUAAAAAUCACACGUACACUACCGUUCAAAAGUUUGGGGUCACAUUGAAAUGUCCUUAUUUUUGAAGGAAAAGCACUGUACUUUUCAAUGAAGAUAACUUUAAACUAGUCUUAACUUUAAAGAAAUACACUCUAUACAUUGCUAAUAUGGUAAAUGACUAUUCUAGCUGCAAAUGUCUGGUUUUUGGUGCAAUAUCUACAUAGGUGUAUAGAGGCCCAUUUCCAGCAACUAUCACUCCAGUGUUCUAAUGAUACAAUGUGUUUGCUCAUUGGCUCAGAAGGCUAAUUGAUGAUUAGAAAACCCUUGUGCAAUCAUGUUCACACAUCUGAAAACAGUUUAGCUCAUUACAGAAGCUACAAAACUGACCUUCCUUUGAGCAGAUUAAGUUUCUGGAGCAUCACAUUUGUGGGGUCAAUUAAGCGCUCAAAAUGGCCAGAAAAAGAGAACUUUCAUCUGAAACUCGACAGUCUAUUCUUGUUCUUGGAAAUAAAGGCUAUUCCACAAAAUUGUUUGGGUGACCCCAAACUUUUGAACGGUAGUGUACAUAAGUAUUCACAGCUUUUACUCAAAACGUUCUUGAUGCACUUUUGGCAGCAAGUAGAGU